AUGAAUACAUAUGCUUUGAAAUUAUAAACAAAAGUAUAUAUCAUUGGAAGUCUUAUUUCAAUAGCAGCUGCCUAUGAUUAUCUACUUGAUGUUAGAUAUAUAAAUAAAGUUUAUGAUAUCAAAUAAGAAAUUAAUAAACCAGUUUUAGCUAUUUCCAAAAAAGUACAUAAAAUUGAACCAAAAAAAUUAAAAGAUUAGCUGAUUGUGAUGAUGUAAAUAUAUUUUUAAUUAAGACAUCCAUUAUCUUAAGAACAUAUUAUAACAAGAGUGGAAUUAGUAGAACAAGAUAAAUUAAUUCAUUAAGAAUAAAAUUCAUUAUUUGAAAUGCAACUUCCUUAAGGAACAUUUUAUGGAAGAAUAAAUGAGAAAAAAUUAAUGCAAAAUGAUUUUGGUAAUAUUCAAUCGCAAUCUUAAAUUAUUGGGAUUCCUUUUUUAUUAAUAUGA